AUGAGUGAUUUAAUGUCUCUACAAUAAUUAGCCUAGUUACAAAAGAAUUUUAUGAAAAGAAAAAUCCUGAUCAACUUAGAAUGUACAAACUAGUAUUGAUAAAACUAGAAACCAAAUACAAAGUCAUUGAAGAAGCAGUUCAACUGUUAGAAUGGAAGGUCACACCGUCAGAGAUUGAAUGCCAUAUCUUUUGGAAAGAUACGUAUGUAACUGAUGAAGAAUAUCGUCGCUUAUUGCCAUACUAGAGAAUUAAUCAUUUUCCAGGAUCGUACAUGCUCGGAAAAAAGAAUGAACUUUGUCGUAAUUUAAAUAGGAUGCGCAAAAUGUUUCCUGAGGAUUACGAUUUCUUCCCAAGAACAUGGCAAUUACCUUAUUAAAGCGAAGAAGUCAGAUAGAAAUAAGGAACAGGAAUCUUUAUUGUUAAACCAGAAGCAAAUUGUUAAGGCCGAGGAAUAUUUCUAACAAAAAAACUGGAUCCCUUUCUAGAUAAGCACUAUGUCGUAUAAGAAUAUCUCUGCAAUCCAUACUUAAUUGACGGCUUGAAAUUCGAUCUUAGGUACACAUUAAUUAAAUAUCAGAAUCUAUGUCCUCCUCAAGUCAAUCUAUCCAUUGAAGGUAUUUAUGUAUUAGGAAGGCCUUGCAAGGUUUUCAACCAAAAAAUAUGUAAAGCCUUAAAAGAAAAAUCUAGGCAGUGUUACAAUGCAUCUCACCAAUUAUGCUAUCAACAAAAGAAGCAAGGAUUUCGUAUUCAAUAAUGACACCAACAAAGAUGAUGUUGGUCAUAAGCGCUCUUUUACAUCUGUUCUUAAAGUAAUCAUAUCAUAUAUCCCAAGUAUUUGCAAGAUCAAGGUCAUGAUAUCAAAUAAUUACUAAACCAAAUCAAACAAGUGAUAGUUAAGACUAUUUAAAGCGUUUAAGGGGAAUUGUCUCACCUCUAUAGAUCAUAAUAACAUAAUAAUGAUGGCAUUGAACAAUGCUUUGAAUUAUUUGGAUUCGAUAUUCUCCUAGAUUCCUCCCUUAAACCUUGGCUUCUUGAAGUCAAUCAUACUCCUUCAUUUUCUACAGACACUCCCUUAGAUAAGAUCAUCAAAAGAAAUCUGAUUAUGGAUACCUUAAUACUCUUGGAUGUCAAAAACAAACCCAAAAAGAUAUACUUAGAGCAAAAAAGAGCUCCGGUGUAUUAAAGACCAAUGAAAAUGAGUUAGGAAGAAAAGGAAAAACAAUCAUCGAAAAUGAGUCUCAUUGAAGACAAACAUUUAAAUGGAUACAUCAAAAUAUAUCCUGAUGAAGUACAUUUAUAUCUAUUAACAGGAAGAAUAAAGAUUAUUAUGAAUAAUUUAUGCCUCCAAAACCUAAAGAGAGAGACAGCCUGAUUAAUUAGCAGUUGGACUAAGUUAAAAAUUUAGAGAAAACAUUAAAAAUCUAGGUUGAAGUUAAACCUCCUAAAUUAAAGCCUGCUAAACGAUUAUCAACGAACUAAUCCUUCACUGAAUUGGAAGGAUAAUCUCUUUAGCAGUUAACAGGCAGAAAUACUGUAAUUCCUCAGACUAGAACUACUUCUUAAUAACGUCCGUUUAGUAGCAUUACAGCUAUAAAUAGACCUAUAAGUGCUAUUAGAAAGACUGUCUUUCCUAAUCAACAUUAAAACUUAAAUACAUCCUAAAAUUAAAAAAGAUUAGUUUAUCCGCCUCCUUCUGAACUUCCUCCUAAACCUAUUUAUAAAAUGAUACCUAUUAAGACAUUUAGUUUCCAGAAAAUUGAAAAUAAUCAGAAAAAUGAAUGA